UGUUACCUGGUGUUACGUGCCGCAGAAGCGUCAACCGGCCAGCCAGUGUACCGUCUACGGCCUGCCCUUGAACAACGCUCACGUUUGCGACAGUGCCCGCGCCAGCCUGCGCCCUCGCAUCUGACAGAUCAAGGAGUGACAACGCUGCGCCAUGUCGAGUCCGUCGCUAAAGGAUCUGCCCAAAGUAGCUCUAGACUUGAAAAGCGAAUUGGAAGGUUUCAAUCAUGGCUGCAUGAAGAAAGCCGCCACUGCCGAGAAGAACGUUUUACCCUCUGCUGAAGACGUGCGACAGGAGCGACAGCAUUCGGAGUUGAUACAUGGCUUGGAAACCUUUAAGACAGAUCAAUUGAAGCACGCCGAUACAAAAGAGAAGAUUAUAUUGCCUAACGCCAAAGAUGUUGCCGCAGAAAAGACUCAGCAGACGCUGAUCGCCGGCAUCGAGAAGUUCGACACCGCAAGUCUCAAGCAUACCGAGACUCAGGAAAAGAAUCCGUUACCUGAUAAAGAUGCGAUUCAGCAAGAGAAGGGGAAACAACAACUGAUCUCCGGCAUCGAGAACUUCGAUACGGCGAAGUUGAAGCACGCAGAAACUCUCGAGAAAAAUCCUUUGCCGACCAAAGAAGCGAUCGACGCCGAAAAGAUAGCCGCUUAAAAUGAGAGCCGUCGCAUGCACGAAGGAAUACGAAGGAAGGGAACGGGAAAUGGCGACUCUCUCGUUGCUUCUUCCAUUUUCUAUAUCCGUGACAUUUUAUAAUAAUUAUUCGUACAUUGCCAAGAAUGAAUGCGCGAACGCGAAGCACUGUGUUAGUCGUAAUCCUAUGGUUAUACUUAUAUUUACUAUCGCCAUCGGGCGUGUUUCCUCCUUCUGGCGAGAUCGGAAGACUCUCGACGAAAACGUCCAAUUGAACCAUUAGAUAGUCGACGAUACCGCUGCUGUCCGUUUUAAUCUCGAUAUACACAAGCCGCUCGCUGAGAGAGAGACGGUCAAACGACAAUUAAACAACGACUAGAACGAGAGCGGAUCUAAAAGAGAAACAUCGAACUCUCUCGUCUCGCCGUGAGACUUUUCCAACUCGCUUCCUAACCAGAUUCGCUCGUUUUGUCACGCGACAGCCAUCGCGACACGAAUGUCCGCCUAACCCAGUCUGGUUGAUAAGAUAAGAAAGCGAAGAAACUUGCGACAAAAAUGAUCGGUAGACGUGGUGAGUUCGGAAAAUUCAUUCUUGCGGGACGAAGGUCUCCUACUAAACUCGCUCCGGACCGCGCGGAAUCGUCGCCUCCUCGCCGAAGGAUGUAGUUUUUUCUAUCGAGGAAGAGAAAGAAAGCGAGUUGCUUCACGCGCGGGUACACGUUAUUUUCGAUAAUAGCAGGCAAAUUUCUCGGUGGCAUAUUACAUGAUGAUCUGUUACAGCAGAUAUCGCGGAAGCACACACACACACACACACACACAGUGGUCGAUCUUAUAUUUAUGUAAAAAUCAUAUUUUGUAUAACGGGCUAUUGUACUUUUUUAAAUAUUUCGUACACAUCGCAUUGUCAUUCCGAUGAAAUUAUUACGACGAAUAAAAAAAAGUAAUUUGUA